AUGAACUUGGAAGGGGUACGCAACGAGGUACGGUGCCGCGCUUUCCCGGUCACCCUGGCGGGACGGGCGAUCCGUUGGUUCAACAAUCUCCCACAGGGCUCUGUGGUCAAGUUCUCAGACAUCAGCUGUGCUUUCCUAGCCCAGUUUACUACCCGCAUCACGAAGGCGAAGCACCCGAUCAACCUGCUCGGGGUGACGCAAAUACCCAACGAACCGACCAAAAAAUAUCUGGAUAGGUUCAAUGAUGAGUGCUUAGAAAUUGACGGCCUAACCGACUCGGUGGCCAGUCUAUGUCUCAUGAACGGACUUCUGAAUGAGGAUUUUAGGAAGCAGCUUACCACCAAGCCAGUAUGGACGAUGCAGGAAAUCCAGAAUGUCGCCAGGGAAUAUAUCAAUGAUGAAGAAGUUAGUCAAGUGGUGGCAGCCAACAAGCGGCAGCCCGGCCACAACCAACCUCAGCAGCACGGUAGCGGGGAAAGGCUAAAGGAACACGCCAAAGAUGGAGUUCCGGCCAAGACGUUCAAGUCGUUUCCUCGGGUUGGCAAGUUUACCAACUAUACUCCCCUCACAGUCCCCAUUGUGGAAGUUUAUCAGAAAAUAGCUGAAAAGGGGAUCCUCUCGAAGCCCCGACCUCUGAAGGACAGAACUGGAGGGAACAAGAACCUUUAUUGUGGUUACCACAAGGGCUAUGGACACAAGAUCCAGGACUGUUUUGACCUCAAGAAUGCGCUGGAGCAAGCGAUCUGGGACGGAAAGCUAGCCGAAUUCUCCCACCUUAUCAGGGAGCCGAGGAGACGUGACCGGGACCGAGAUGUAGAGGACCAAAGCCGCGCGGUGAAACGACACCAAGAGCCUGAGGACAAUGAGCGCGGCCUCACCAUAGUAAAUGUGGUAAUUGGAAGAGACGCGGUUCCGAAGUCGAAGUCGGCACAUAAAAAGGACGCCAAAGUCCUAGCGGUCUCGUCAUCUAGCCCCACGCCAAAUUCUAGGAGGACCUCACCCAUAUCAUUCGGACCGGACGACCAAUGGUUUGGCGAGAUCACGGAAAACCCUCCAAUGGUAAUAACAGCCAGAGUGGGAACCGGCUUGGUCAAGAGGAUCCUCGUAGACACUGGCACUGAUUCGAAUAUUAUGUUCCGCAAUGUGUUCGACGCUUUAGGCCUCCGAAAUGCCGAUUUGAGGACUCACUAG